AUGUCGCAAUACCCCAUGCCGCCGUCAUAUGACGGUCAAUACAAUUACGCGCCGCCGUGGCCAGUGCACCUUCCUCGCGAUUCAAACGAUCCCAACCAAACCGGGGCUCAUUUCUUCGCGAUGAAUAACGCUCCAAUUGGUAUAGCAAACUUCGCUGGCCUACCAUUCGGCUCUGCUACUCCAAUUCAACUACCUGGCCUGGGAAUGGCUCCGAACGCUACAUUUCCACCCUACCAAUCACAACAAUUCACCAAUAAUCAGACGCCGAUGCCAUUUUAUGGGGCGGUUGAUAGCCCUUUUGACGCUUCAAAUGAGCCACUACAUUCAACUGAGGAGAAUACGGUUGCGCAACCUCGUAAAAAACGCAAGUCUCUACCAGUUCGACCCUCCUCAAAAUCGCCGAAGCAUCCCUCACCAGUAGUCAUCAACGAUACAGACCGCGAAGAAGGGGAAGUGAGCGACGGUUCCAGUUAUGAUUUAUCUUGCCAGCGAUCUCGGCAUAAGUUGCAUUCAGGGAAAACUACUCCUCUCUCCCGAAGUCAGAGUGCCUUGGGCACGGAUACGAGCUUGUCUCAAUCGCAGACACCUUCACACGUCAAUAGUGCCAUUAAUUCGGUGCCAGUGGACAAUUCGCCUCCAUAUAAUCCACCAGUUACCAUUGAGACGACUGAAAUGUCCCAAAUCAAGCCCAAACAAGCCGACGCCUCUCGGAUCGAAAAAGGCAGACUCGAUAAUCAAAGCAGCUACUCACAGUCUAGCGGAAAAUCACCCGCUCAGAUGCGUGUCAUGGCACAAGGCGCUCUGCUGAGUUUAGCCCCCCAUAACAUUCGAUUUAGCGAGCUUGUCAAAGAAGACAUAGAUCCCACUGUUCUUAAACAGCUUUACGAUGAUAUUGGUAUCAAAGUUACCCCAACGGCAGAAAAGCAUCAGGGAAGUGCUGUCCACAAGCCAGAUGUCGCUAAAGUCGAAAUCACACAGCCUGUCAUUGAGAAGCUUGACCCGGGUGCCGCAGCCCACGUAAAGUUACCAACGGCCUCAUCAGCUUCGGCGAAACCCCUGGAACGGAAAGACGUUAUUGCUCGAAUGCUGGCUGAGAAAGCCAAGAAGAAGGCUGCCAACGUUGUUGCUGAUUCUGCUUUGGAUAAUGGCUUGACUUCAGCUCCGGGAAUCGAAAAGGCUGCCGAGGCUCCCAAACCCAAGUUACCCGUGCAAACAAAAGAGAAAAAUAAGGCUCUCUCUGAACUUGCUAGGCAGCGCAUGGAACAAUUAAAGAAAAUGGGUCUUAAAAGGCAGCAAUCCAAUCCUGAGAGUACAAACGUUUCUUCAACACCAGUUUCAUCGGCAUCAAAUACACCAUUUGCGAAGCCGGAGACAACAGUUCACUUGCAUCAUCCUCUGCCUGAACGACCACCCGCCACACCAAGUUCACCUAAACCUGCAACUCCACAACUUCCAGGGUUAUCCAUGACUUCUGGGCCUAGGGACACGAAUAGCCCUUCGAGUAUUGAAAGCAGAUCUAUGGGUACUUCUACUCCCUUCAAGAACUCUCUAGGGAAGCGUCCUCGAGCUUCAGAUUUCGAUGAACCCAUUCCAGAAACAAAGAAGCAUUCGAUGACCGAUAGACUUGUAAUUGACAUUAGCGACGAUGAAUCGUCGGAUGAUGAGGAGGACAUUGAAAUGUCCGAGGCGAGCGACCCUGCGAUGAUGAAUAUCCCGCCGUCGAAGGCUGCGGAAAGUAUGCCGCGGAUAAAUAUUUCUCGUAACGCAUCAUCCGCGUCCGGGACUUGUCAAAGUAGGACCAGUGAAAUAGAGGGCCUUCGACAAAAGAAUCUCGAGAUACAGGCUAUGCGCCGUCGGAUAGCCGAAUUGGAGGAGAAAAAUGCCAAAAAGAUAAAGGCUGCUUUACCUACAGCGACCGUGAUUGAGAAUGGUUCACUGUCACCAGCGACCGCCAUUAUAGGAACAGAGAACAAGUCUCAAUUCAUCUCCAAUAAUGCACAUACUAUGACAACACCGUCGGACAAGUCAAGUCCUCCACGCUUACAACGCAGUCCGUCGGAACAAUCGUUGGCAUCCAUGGAUAACUCUGAUUUGGAUCGAAUCCGGCAAAAGCUGCUACGUAAACGAGUCAUCGAAUCUGGUCUUCCUACUUUGGACGCUGAGCUGAUCAAAUUCGAAGCCAAACUCGCGGAGUAUAAACGUGAGGAAGAGAGGCUUCUGAGCGAAAUCGCUCGAAGUCGGGAAGAACGAAAGAAACUCGGCGAAGAACUAGAGAGUCUCGGCAUGGAAACAGAAGGCUUGACGCUUGAAGAAUUGAGAGCUGCCAAGGAAGACAUAGAACGUGGUACAGCUGUAGAAGCUGAGCCCGAAUCACUUGAAGUUGUCCCUCCUGAGUCCGUGCCCUCUUCCAAAACCUUGCAAACUGCGUCUGCGGUGGUCGAUAGUACUCAAGGACCUCAAACGCUCCCAUUACAGUCAGAUUCUCCAAUUCCUGAGCUCACUCUGCCCGAACGCGAGGAAGUCAAUGAUGCCCCUGAGUUUGAAGAUUCGGGCAUGGAAUCUUCCGGUUCCUCAAUGGACGAGUCAACCAGUUCUUCAGCGUCAAGUUCAAUGGAUCAGGAUUCGGAUUCAGAACCAGAAUCAGAACAAGCUGUAGAGCUUCCACUUGAGCCCAGUGGUGCCGUUGCUACACAGGAAGCCCCAGCUCAUGGUGUUCCACCUGUCGAGGCCCCACAGGCUGCAUCAUUCAUACCUAUGAAUCUCACUUCUACGGAAGCACCUGCCGUGGAUAUAGAACCUACUAUGGAUAUGGAGCCUGUUGUGGACGUGGAUCAUUCUGCGAGUGGACCCGACGCCUCGCGAGAGUCUUCAAUCUUGUCUGAUAAUUAUGAGCCUCCCGAACCUGAAGACUCGGAUGAAGCUUAUUCUCCGAAGCUUAGCCCUAAGGAUAUUGAAGAAUCCGAAGUUGAAUCGGCACCAAAAAUCACCACUCUGAAUGACGCUGAUAUGACACUGACUCGCAAGCCUCAAGACUUUGUUGUCAUUGCCUCUAAAGGAGAUGCCCUUGACAACACGCCACAAGGAGGUGGCACGGUAUCGAAAUUCUCUCCUUAUCAAAGUCCAUUGAAAUCCUUCCGAGCCUAUCGCUAUCAUCCCAACUUUGUUGAGGAUGUCAAAGGUGGUUAUCGAUCCCUAACCUACAGUCAUCAAAUCAAUUCACAGCAAGCAUUUUGUCCCUACGAAGCGGCAGGAGGCGUCUGCAAUGAUGCGACAUGCGAGUUUCAGCAUUGGCGAGAUAUAGUGAUGCCCGAUGACAAGAUCCUCGUUGACAUGGGCAAUCAAGGAGAGGGAAAGACAACAGAAGAGCGGGAAGCUUAUAUUGAAGGGUUGAAAGACCUUGUCAAUAGCAUGCAGCGCGAUCAGGUGAAAGAUUUCUCCACCAUUGCGGGCGAGAUUGCCGCAUACCGUAGACGUUUCCUCUCCGACCCUUCACGCAUCCUCCCUCUGUAG